UUCCGCUGUGUAGGUGGAGACUUUCUGUGGGACGGCCCUGCUGUUUACGUUUAGGGGAAGUUGGUCAAUAUCGGAAAAACACACGUUUUUUUGUUUUUAGAGCUGUGAACGAAAAGAAAUUCUGUUUGCGAUUGUUCUGGUUCAAAGAGUGCACUCGGUGGAGUAUAAUUAACGUCUUUAGGUCUAAUGUCAUGACGGCAUGUUUUUUUAGAUAAAACCCAACCUCGGGUUUUGUCCGAUUUACCCCGUAGAAUGGAUAAUUCAGUAACUUCCGCUACUUACAUUCGCAACGUCAGUUAUCGUUUACGUCGCAAGUUAUCCGAUUUUUUGGAUCCUCAGGACAGGUGGAAAGAUGUUCUGGUAGAUAUACAAAAACCGAGCGGGGAGCCGAGGUACUCUCAGCUCCACGUCAGGAGAUUUGAAGGUCUUGUGGCACAAGGUCGCAGUCCCACAAUGGAGCUGCUCAAUGACUGGGGGACGACCAACAGCACUGUGGGUGAACUUGUGGACAUUUUGAAGAGCCACCAGUUACUGGCUGCUGCUGGUGUUCUGCUACCAGAGGCCAGUCCAUCAGAGACGGAGCUGACCCCUCCAGUAAAAACCCAAAGCACCGCUUCAACCAGGCUGCUGGGAGAGAGCAAUGCAUGGGCGCAGCCUGUCACCACUAUUCUGCAGUGUCGGAUACCGCAGGAGAACACUGAACCAAUACACACAGGCUUCUCCACUUUCUUAUACAGUGACCUGAUGAGGAUAACGGGCAACUUUGAUGACCGUUCCACCUCAGAUGGCGGGAGCCGACUUGGAGAGGGAGGCUUUGGGACAGUAUACAAAGGUCUCCUGAAUAACAAACCGGUUGCAGUGAAAAAAAUCAAACCGGUGGAUGACAUGCCACUGGACAAGUUGCAAGAUCAGUUCAACCAAGAGAUCCAAACUCUGAAAGUUUUGAAGCACGAGAACUUGGUUGACAUGGUUGGAUUUUCCUGUGAUGAGCAGCACCUGUGUUUAGUGUACACCUUUAUGGCCAAUGGUUCUCUGCUAGACCGACUGGCUUGCUUUGAAGGAAGUCCUCCACUUUCCUGGCACCAGAGAUGCUUGAUAGCAGAAGGGACAGCUAGAGCUUUGGAGUAUCUGCACUGCAACCAUCACGUCCACAGAGACGUUAAAAGUGCAAACAUCCUAUUGGAUGAAAACUUUGUGGCAAAAAUCUCAGACUUUGGGCUGACGAGAGCCUCAGCCAAGCGGACGUCGACAACCAUGAUGACGGAGAGGAUUGUAGGUACCCGUGCGUACAUGGCACCUGAGGCGCUGAGGGGAGAGAUCACACCAAAAUCCGAUGUCUUCAGUUUUGGAGUGGUGUUGUUAGAAAUAUUGUCUGGACUGCCGCCAGCUGAUGAAAACCGGGAGCCACAGUUCUUGAUGGAGAUUAGGUAUGACAUAGAUGAUGAAGAUGAGGAGCUGACUCUGGAGGAUUUUGUGGACAAAAAAAUGAAAGACUGGGAGCUGAGCCAGGUGGAGAGCAUCUACUCGCUGGCUUGCAACUGCCUCCAUGAGAGGAAAAACAGACGGCCUGUCAUCAAACAGGUUAACGCAGAGAUUCACGGAGUUGUCAAAAACAUUUCACUGGAUCUUCCCGGAAAGGAGUGAAGCAAAGCAUCCCAGGGAUUUGAGAGCCUGCUCCAAUCACACUGCAGAUCCUCAGAUGAGUCUGCUGUACUGCAAAGAUUUAACUUUUUUUUUAAUAGGUGUAACUGUUAUGAAAAUACUGCAGUGUGGUGCUGAUUAAGCUUUAGUGAGGCGAUUAUUAUACUGACUAAUGCUUUAAAAAUUACAGUGUGAAACAUAUGUAUUGUGAACAUUAAAAUAAAAUGA